GGGUUUUGCGGUGCGAUCGUCAGAUACAUACUAGAUACCAGAUACCAGAUACUAGAUAGCUAGAUCUAACCGUCGAACUGAUCUGUUUCGAAGGUCGUGCGAAAUCGUCGAGGCAUAGCUUCAUCAAGUGCGACUGGCGGAGUGCACAAACGUGGGGCAAUACCUGAGAUGAUAAUUACGCGAGUGCAUCCACUGAACGCUACUAAAUGCAAGCAAACUCAAUUAACAUACGUAUGAAAUCAUUGUUUACGCGAUCUGCGAGUGUAGAGCGAUAAAGUGUGGCGGGACUGCGCGAAAACCUGCAAACAUGGGAGUCUAAACAAAAAAAACGAGAUAACAUUAAGAUUGCAGGAAUUACAGAUAAUUACGUAUUGUUCCUACUGAAAUUGAACUGAGAAAAAAUUGUGUAAUUAGAAUCGUUUAUAAAAAAAAACCGGUGUAGCCAGAAACCUCGUAGAAAUUUGGAGACCCAGAUUUGUCGAAUAUUUUAAGAGAUGACGUGAAAAGUUAUAUUUCGAGCCCAAUCAAAUACCAUUAUUACGUGGUGUGUGGUUAGUGAGAAGGUGCUAAGUGCAUGCAAGUUCGGGAUUGCUACCAUUAUUUAUUACUCGACGCUUGAGUUACAUCAUUAUUUAUUGCGGGGGUAAAUAGAUGUAAUUUUUUAAGCAUAACUAUCCGGUGAUUACGUAAUUUGUUUGGUAUUGUUACUCUGGUCGUUUUGAGUUGAUACUUCGGUGCAUAGUUUAGAAGUUUAGUUAACAUUCUGGUGUGAAUUUCGACAGUGCCCCCGAGGUCUUACAUGGGAAUUGACAAAUAAAUUGAUUAAUUAGAUACUGUUUAGUGGCAUUAUCAUCGCAUACCUUCCGAAUUGCAGACCCGGACACCAGUUGCAUAUUACAAGGACCCACCGAAUUCAUGGGAAGCUAAGUAGGAGGAGCUUGUCAGAUAGAAUAAGUUGCAGUCUUGUGGAUUCAAUUGAAUAAGCCUAUGCCAAUAUGCCGAAAUUCCACAGAACGAUGGACACGCCUAGUAAUAGGAAAUUUUCUAGGAUUGCAGUCAUAGGGUCCAUAACGAUGCUUCAAGGAGCACUGUAUCUUGUUUUAUCUAUCUGGGCGCUACUGGCUAUCGAAUGCCAGUUCGAUAUGACUUCAACCAAUUUGGGGACCAUAAUGUACUUUAUCUACUUUCGAAAUAGUGCUUGCACGGAAGUUAUAUGGUCUCGAUCAUCGUACCAGGAUGUUGCAAACCUACCAAAAGUAACCUUUGUGGCGGAAAGAACAGAAGGACUAGUUAUCUUUUAUAUAGCCAUUAGCUUUUUGUGGGUAUUGACAUCGUUACUAGUGAUAGUUGGGGCGACACGUCGAAAACUGAGCAAAACCGCAUUUCAUUGCUAUUUUACUCCUUGGGCCAUUGUCAUAAUAGCUGGUUGUCUUCUGGAUGUAAUCGCUACGGUUUUCCACAUAAUCGAUAUAUGUCACACAACUACAGCCGAAAGCACCUUCGAGUAUUUAAAUGUUCAAAAUAUUUGGGAAAUCUUACCUGCUGCAGAGAGAAAUUACAGCCAUUUCAGUUUUCCUUCAAUUAUUUUCACAUGUGUAUCCUGUCGAUUGCUGGUAUUGUUCUUAUUCAACUUUUUCGGAAUGAUAUGGGCUGUUCGGCAGGCUACUCAGCUGAUAUUUAAGCCAGAAGGCGAACUAGAACAAACGGAGCGGAGCACGUCUGAGUCGAUUGAAAAUCCUGCGAUUCAUCAACCUCUUCCAAGUCAAUACUACUACGUUCCUGCUAGACUUCCAUUAGAGCCUGCUGGCAAGUCAUUAGAUCCUUACAGAAGGACCUUUGAGCCGCUGAAAUCAGAUGACAAUCCAGUAAACAUCGUUCCACAGGAUUUAUACGCUAUCCCCGGGGAAAAGAAACAUAAACGAAUAAAUGUGCCGAGCCAUGUUCCUCAAAUAGUCAGUGCAAAUCAAGCGGAUAUGGUUGUUCAGCGACGCAGGGAUUCAGGAUCACAAUACCCUGAGAAAAGACACUCAGGGAAUUCACAAAAUGGCCAUCGUAUUCAAAUAGAUGUUGGCAGAUCUCAAUCAGAUCGUUAUGCUGAAUAUGAAAGGAAUACGGAGCAACAUCGGAUUUCAGCACCUGUAGAGCGACCUACUAGCUACGUAACAGGUGAAUUGCGCGGACAAUUGCCUUGGUCCUAUUUCAACGCUCGUGAGGAUAUAGUCGCCCCCAGGAAAACACUUGCCCAUGUCGAAGACCAUGAAGUGCUUCCGCCUGUUCCGGUACCAGACUAUACACUUCACUUCCCCCGAAAAGAUCGUUACACGAUUCAAGAUAGAGCUGCGCAAUUGCAAGCCGCUACGUCCCCUCCAACCAGUCAGACAGGAGGAACGCGAUGGUAGUUGGGUAUCCUCUUAGGUUAACAAUUUAGGAAUAUAGCUUUAUGCAAAGGUCACGGCGAAGUGCUUCUUUUGAUUUCGAUAAUUACAAUGAAGUUUCGAGCUAUCGGGAAUCGGUGCAAUUUAGAAUAGGAACAACAUCACCCUUUGAAGGCUACUGCAACACUAAGUGUUUGAUAGUCCUUGUGUAUAUAUAGUCUAUUGACUGGGGUGGAAUUGUUUAGUGAGUCGGUACUGCGGGAUAGCAGUAGAACUGGGUGGGUGCACGUAACAGACGAAAUCAAGCUAGCAUAAGUUUUUGUUAAUUGUGAUUCUUGCUUUUAAUAUGACGAUCCAUAUCGCACUCUAGAGGGAUGCCUUCGUUGCCAUACAUGUAUGUAUUUAUAACAAGUUCUGAAUGUUUGAAUGUGAUCAAUCUUAAAUUGGGGUAUGGAUUCAAUAUGAUAAAUGCGUUCUUCUUGUGAGAAACUUAUUGGUCUAGAGCCUCUAGAGAUAACUAACCUACGAGAUACCAAUAGUGCAAUACAUAUAAAAUUCCAUAGAUUAAAUUCACUUUUUAAUUUUAGAUAACAUGUGAAUAGAUUACUAAAAUGUUCUUAACGCACAUUUUUAUGUGAAAAACAUUACGAACCACUUAAAAAUAAAAUCAUGAACAAAUGGAUAUGUUGAUGCGUUCAUAAGGCAAUAUCUAGAAUGACUAAUAGAUACGCAAUCAUACAAUGAGGUCAUAUGAUUGGAAGACAGAUUGUUAGUUUGUUAGCUAAUUAGAUAAGGUAAUUAAUAAAUGAAAUUUUGACUUAAA